AUGAGUGAUGUUGAGGCAGUCUCCUCCUUGCCAGCUGCCCUGGAUGCCGGACCGAGUGCUUUUGCGGCGACGGUGAAUGCCCGGACGCGACUUCGCCCGCCGUUUGCACAACCUACUACUACACCCCUUCCCCAGAAGCAGGAGGAUGUGUCCGAAUAUGCGGCGGAUGAUGACGGGACGGCGAGCCCCAAGGCCGACUCGGAGGCGGAAACUAUCAUCCAGUCUGGCCGCGAGUCGCUUUCGCCGGAGAAGAGACGCAAGUUUAUAAGGCACGAACCGAAACGACGCGAUGAGGGACCCGGACUCGCGGACGGUGACGGCGACCUGCCUGCGAUUCGCCCGCAGGCAAGAAAGCGAACCGACUCGAAUGCUGAUGCCUCUCGUCCUACGAGCCCCGUUCGGCGAGCACGGUCCCCACUGCCGCUAGUCUUGAAGCGCGAGAGGUCAGAGGAACCGCAGGUUUUGACAAAACAAAAGCAAUCCUCCCACCCGCCUGCCGAGACCGGGCCGAGGAACGAGAAGGAGCGGAUCUCGAGGAAGCGGAGCUUCAGUGAAAGUGUCAACGGAGACAGCAGCCCCCGCCGCAACCCCCCCAAGUCACUAUCUGUCGCCCCGCGCGACCGCGACCGCAGAGACGUCAACAACCUCGCGUUUGCUCGCCCCGCUUCCCACGACCGUUCCCUCUCCCCUGCGCGCCCCUCUCACAAGCGAACCGCCUCGGGUCCUCUCUUGAGCACUGGUGACAUCGUCAGGAAGAGGAAAGUACCGCAAUCGUUGAUCACAAGCCACCAACCGAGGCAAAGCUCUGAAGAUCGGCAGUCGGUCUCGUCUUCCGCUAGCAGCUCCCCGUUGCCCAGCGCCCAUUUCCGCAAGCUUGCUUCAGUAGAUGGCUCAUCAGCAUCUCCGGCAAAGCAGAUGGGUAAGAAACAGCGUGAUCAAAAUGGCCGGACGCGCUUAGCGCGGGCUUGUGCUGCCCGAGAACUGGAGGCUGCAAUGGCUAGGCAUGCCGAACGCCCGGGCGAUCUGAAUGUUGCCGACAACGCGGGGAACACGCCUCUACAAAUCGCAUCUCUCGAAGGGUGUGCGCCUAUAGUGCAAUUUCUUCUCGACGCAGGUUGCGACGUGGACACUAAAAACAUUGACAGGGACACGCCGUUGAUUGACGCAGUUGAAAAUGGGCAUUUGGAUGUGGUGAAGUUGCUCCUCGACGCAGGUGCAAACCCCCGUAUUCUCAACGCGGAGGGUGAUGAACUGUGCGACUUGGUCCCCUCUGAUUCAGAAGACUACGACGAAAUCCGACGAGUGAUCGAAGAAGCAAUGGCGAAUCCCAAGCCCUCUAGGCGACGCUCCGAAGAACAGGUAGGAGGCAAUGGCGUGAGGGAAUCUGGGCGACGCGCUUCCGCCAUUAGCCCGCGUGAAUCUCCUCCAGUGCCUGGUGCCAAAAGCCCGCCUGUCUACAAUGCAGCAACCAGUAGGCGCAAGACCGUCCGAAGUGAAGUCACCCGGAAUGACCUGUUGUGGACAAAGCCAUCCCCGGAGACUCUGAGGGAGUUUGCUAGCAAGGGUGAUAUAGCAGGCGUCGCGACAAUCCUCAACGUGGGACAGCCUGCAGAUGCCGAGGCUGUGAUCGCAGCUGCCAAGGGUGGCCAUGAUGAAGUGAUGUCCUUGCUCUUUGGAAUCGGAGACGCCGAUCCUGAUCCGGAACCCUUGGAGGGGAACAAUCACAAACCAGGAUGGAACACCCCCAUGCUGGCGGCAAUCGGUCGAGGGAACCUACUUGUCAUAAAGCUUCUACUGGACCAACCGAACUUCGAUCCCACACGCCGCUUCCAGAAACGAACCUAUUAUGAGAUCUCCCGUGACCGCAAGGGAGAGAACUGGGAGGAGGAGGCGGAAAUUCUAGAAGAUGCAUAUGAAGCUUUUUCGAAGACCAAGAAGACGCGGAAGUCCGAUCUCUCGUCUCCUCGACGCGCUCGACACGACAAGGAAAGCAAAAGACAUGUCCGCCGUGAAUCGCACUCGCCUGUCGCUCGUCAAAAGAAACCUCCCGGACGGCAACCCAGCAACAACAAUAACCAUGAGGAGCCAGUCUCUCGAGAUGCCGCUUUGACCAAGGAGAAGAGACGAGAACCAACAACUCAGUCAAAAGAGAAGACUAAUCUAACCAACAGCCAUGAUCACUCUAUUGCUACCUCUGACCCGGACACUGCCCGUGGAGAGCCUACCCGGCCUAAGCCAAUCUUGAAAGUGCGGAGAGACAGUGAAUCGAGCGGCGUUGCUCGGGCUGACGAGGUUCCCAAGAGAAGACGUCUCAUUGCUGGUCGGCCACCCCAAGAUCGGGACAGAAGACAACCCAGCCUGUUUUCAUCUGAUUCGCUUUCCGGUCGAGAGGAAGUUGCCAAGUCUCGACUCCAUACGCACCCAGAUACUUCAGCACCCAAGUCUACCGGCCCUUCCUUGAAGCGUAUCCGCAAUAAUAGUGCCAGUCCAGAACGCUCGCGUUCUCGCGGUUCAGAAACCGAACGCCGGACUCUAGACGCCAAUAAGAAGAAGCGCCGUGUCUUUUCGGAAGACAGAACGUCUGCUGCGAUCAAUGGCACGGUGAAAGAUGCAGACGAAUCAAAGGUCGUUCCUCCCGUGAGUCAUAUUGUGCAAUUGAAGCAAGAAUCCUCUGUAGAGAAGCAGAAUGGUGUGCACAAACAGACAGAUGAAGCAUCCGUCAAAGUGGAGCGUGACAAGGUCGAAUCCCACGCGCUAGAUGACAUUCCAAUGGCCGAAGUCCAAGACGAGGAUUCGCAGGCUAGGGAACGCAAGCAAGUCGAAGCCAAAAAGGCCGAGGACGCGCGUUCUGCAGAGGUUGCAGAGCAGAAACUAGCUGCUGCGGAGAAGGAGCGUGCUCGAGUGGCUAAAGAAGACGCUGACAAGGCAGCUCGUGCUGCUCGGGAGAAGGCCGAGGAAGAAGACCGCAAGAGGAAGGAAGCCGACCAGAGGCGGAUCAAACAAGCCGAAGAUGAACGACAGAAGCGACUGGAACAAGAGCGCCUGCGUGCGGCCAAGCUCCGGAAGGAACAGGAAGAGCAGGAGCAGCGACGCAGGGACGCUUUGCCUAGCAAGCUUUGCCUGGCGGCCAACCUGGUGGGCUCCAACGACCCUCUUGCGCGGAGCCAUGCCUGGUUGCAAAAGUUCAUGCCUGUUGUAACUGCCCUGACGAAACAGCUUGAUCCGGCGUGUGAGCCUGAUGUGGCAGACGAGAGAUGGGUUCCUAACUACUUGGUUGCACCCUUGCUCGCGACCAAUGAUCUCCAGCUCUCUCAAUAUCCUAGCUGGGAGAAGCGUGAAGCCACACAGACCCAACGCAUGAACCUCUGGCGCGUAACCCGUCGGGUGCUCGUCCAGGCCGAUGAAUCGGAGUUCCACAAUUCCUCUUUCGGGGAGAUUAUGCAGAAGGAUUGCGAAGCCCGCCGGAAAUAUCUUGAUAUGAAGACUGUAUUCUGGGUGAAGCUCUCCGACUUCAUGGACCUGGUUCCGCACGUUCCACACCUGAAUGGGCUCGAGAUCCAGUUCUUGAGGAUGCACAUUGAUCCAGAACCUUCCAACGGGACGUCUGCGUCUGCCAUUGAAAUACCAAAAGUCAACGGACACGCAUUCGACCGAUCUCUCGAAGACGGUUUCUCCACCGGAACCAACGGCCUGGUUAACGGCUACAGUCACCCAGUGCCAGGUGCAUACGUCUGAUUUCCUGAUCUUCACCGAGCAAAGUUGGCACAAAGUUCUGCACGAAACCCGUCAUCUCCCACUUUUGGGGUCCACGAUCUCCUUUUUUGCUGUACCACUACGAUACCUCUUCUUGUUUGAUAGUGAGAUGAUAAUCCUGAUCCACAGCCAUUGGACAUAACAUGAUGCAAUGAGCAUGUCGAUAUGAUGAUGCUAUGCAUGUCCGUUUGGACAAAUGAUGAUACGAUGAAUAUUCCCC